GUAGUUAUUCCGCCGGGGAAACAAUUACGGUACCGAUGUAAUGUUGAAGGCUGUCUGAGAAACAAGAGUUUCUCCAUGUUUUCCAUAUUGGAUCAUAUAGCAUCGCAUUUCUCCCAGCAGAAAAGGUCCGAUCUAGUCUUCAACUACUAUUGCAAACUGUGCGGAAGACACUUCUUCUUGAAGGGAAUGUGCCUGGGAUGUAAGUGCAACGCUAGAGACGGAGGAGAGCAGUUCAUCUCGCUGAAACAUGGAAUCACCCUUGAAGAUGUUAGACGAGAAGCGAACUUUUUCUUGUUCGUGAAUAAGUGGAUAGUGCCAGUAUUCGACGACAUACCGGGUGCGCCACCUGCGGCUGCUACUGUCACUGUGGAGACAACGAUGGACACGGACGAGGUUGAAGUAAUAGAGGAGCAUGGACCAGCAUUUGAAGGUACCUUGAAAUUUUAA